GUGUGAUAUCCAUAGCUGUGCUAGCCAUUAUAAAUCAUUAAAGCUGUUAUGGAGACUGUCCCAACCGCAGCUAUGUUUCAAAAGUCUGCCUGCAGCAAAUUAUGGUACUUUUUGUUUGCUCUUUUGUUCCCAUGUUGUCAAACUUUGCAUGCCAGAGCUCCACCACUGUCACAUUCUCCUUUCAUGUCCAUAUGGAAUGCUCCUACAGAACUUUGCAUGAAAAAAUUCAAAAUCUAUAUAGAUACCAGAGUUUUCCAGAUGGCAGGAAGCACAUUACCAUCUGCCAGGGCUCAGAACAUCUCACUGUUCUAUACUGAUAGACUGGGGUAUUAUCCCUAUAUAAAUCUGACUACAGGACAGAGCUAUAACGGUGGUAUCCCUCAGAUGGUAAAUAUGAAUCAGCAUUUAAAGAAGGCUAAAGAAGACAUUCUGUACUACAUGCCGUACUCCACGCAAAAGGGCUUGGCUGUAAUUGACUGGGAGGACUGGAGACCUACUUGGAUGAGAAACUGGGCUUCAAAAGCUGUCUACAGGAAACAGUCAGUUGAGUUUGCACAACAGAAAGACCUUUCACUCACUGGACAUAAGGCAUCAUCAGUUGCCAAAGCUCAGUUUGAAUUUGCAGCAAAAAACCUCAUGUUGGAUACAUUAAAACAGGGGAAAUCACUGAGGCCGAACUAUUUGUGGGGCUUCUACCUUUUUCCUAACUGCCAUAAUUAUGACUAUAAUCAAAAUCCUCAUAAUUACACAGGACGCUGCCCAGCAAUUGAAGUGUUAAGAAAUGAUCACCUCAGAUGGUUGUGGAAGGAAAGCACAGCAUUUUAUCCAAAUAUUUAUCUGGAAACUGCCCUCAAGUCUUCCUAUAAUGCAGCACUUUUUUCUCGGAGUAGAGUUCAGGAGGCUAUGAGAUUAUCUACACUGCCAAAUGUGCCACAUUCCCAACCUGUAUUUGUAUACACACGUCCUGUAUUCACUGAUCAACCUUUUCACUAUUUAUCUAAGACUGAUUUGAUUAAUACCAUUGGAGAAAGUGCAGCAUUAGGAACCAAUGGAUUUAUAAUGUGGGGUGAUGUCAACUUAACAUUAAGUGUGAAACUCCUGUCAUAAGGAUACAAACAGCCAUGCCACCACCACUACCACCACCAGUCUUCAGGCAACCGCAUAAACAGUGUGCCUCCAGGCAUGAGCAUGGUUGGAU